GGAAGGCGCGCUAGCCAACAUCUCCACUCGUCGUGAACCUCGAGCCGCCAGCGGCGUGGCGCAAGGCAGACGCUGCACAGUUUAUCUGUAACUACCUUGGUGCCUAGCAGGAGCACUACAAUGGAGGGUUAUGCUCUUCAGACAGCGUGUGUCUCUUCAGGGCGCGUUGCACGUACGUCGACGCGCUUGCGAUAAAAUGGCAGCGCCCAAUACGCCACCCAACACGGUCCAUGCAAGUCAGAGCCUCAACCGGGCAUCCCUGAGCUUCGUUGCUCUACGAACAGACCUCCAACGUGCCUAUCAACCCGCCUUUCUGCCUUCUCAGGCUUCAUCGCAUAUAAAGGAUUGUCGAUGGAAGCGUGGACGACCUAUUACCUUCUCCGGUCGCGCCUUUAGUACAAAGCAGGCAGACUCGAACACAGAGGGAAAUGUUGUAGCAGUAGGGUCAGGCAUUGCAAGACAGACUAACGAUCAUGGGGAGGCGGUGCCACAUCUUCCACAGCCGACACAGCAUUUGGAAGACCUCGGCAAUACAGCGUUGUCUAAACAGAAGGGCACGUGCGUAGAAAAGUCGACUGCGCAGCCUUAUCAUGUUCGAGCGGACUAUGCAACUGACCAUAGCUCGUCGCCAGAAGAUCUUACAACGAACGUAGCUUCACCCUCAUUCAUCGGCACUCAUAGCGUCGGCAGCGAUGAUGAAAACACCAUGGCGUCUCCCGAGUGCAGUACAAUGGAAGAUGUCACUGACACUGACUUCCUGUCAAGCUCUGCUGAUGAGAGCGGUAGCCAAUCAGAAAGGGACGACACUGAAGCUGAUGAUGCUGUAGAGAAGGCAACAGAGGUGCACACACCUCUUGAGUUCCAGAUACCUGAAAACGUCCUACGAGCUGCAAUGGCUGCCCCUGAGAACACCAAAACAAGUUUCUGGAGCAGCAACCUCUACCGUGGACCAGAUUGCAAAAAAAUACUUGUGCAUUACUGCAGGACCAAAGCGGUGGCAGAGCGAGUUGCCCAGCACUUCAUUGGCGAGAAGGUUGUUGGGUUUGACAUUGAGUGGAAACCGUUCUCACACCCUUUAUCGAUCAAAAAGAACGUGUCUCUUGUCCAACUCGCUUGCGAGAAUCGUAUUGCCCUCUUCCACAUUGCAUUGUUCCCGGGAAAUACGGCUGCGCAACUGAUGCCCCCAACAUUGAAGGCUAUUCUCGAGUCUCCAGAGAUAUACAAGGUUGGGGUUGCUAUCAAAGGAGACUUCAGUCGUGUUAUGAAAUAUCUUGAAGUCGAAGCUCAAGGGGUCUUUGAGCUCAGUCGAUUGCACAAUCUAGUACAAUUUUCGGCGACUGAUCCAACGAAAGUUACAAACAAGCUUGUAAGCCUUGCUUCGCAAGUCCAGCAACACCUGCAACUACCACUGUACAAAGGCGGACUACUUGUCGAUGAUCCAGACGAUACCUCUAAUGUCCGCUCCAGCGACUGGAGUUUGCCGUUGAAUCCUCAGCAGAUACAUUACGCUGCUGCUGACGCAUAUGCCGGGUUUCGCUUAUACGAUACCCUUGAAGAAAAGCGAAAGCAGUUGAAGCCUACUCCACCUCGACCUCUGGUAUGUGAUUAUGACUCGAAACCGAAACCCGGCAGCAAGCGACGCAAGAAGCGCACAGCUGUUACGAAGACCGAUGUAUCUGAAAAUGAUGCUGCAGACGAAUCUCCGGCUCUAGCAGAUCAGAAAGAGGAGCUGAGAGAAGAGAGCCAAGAGGAGUCAAAGCUUUCACAAGACACUGACGGUUACGAAACAGCCCAGGAAGACUUACUGGAUAGCCAUCAACUCGAAGGUGAAGUCUCAGUGUCCUCCGAAGGAAGCGUUGAGUCCACGGACCAGAGUGGUGAUGAUGAUAUUCCGAAUCCAGCGUCACUGCUAGGCAGUGAAGAGACUUUAACGCCAGACAACGCGACUCAGAGGCGAGUUGGCCGUAUCAACGUGACCUGGCUAAAAGGACCUGAUCCAGCUUACCCGACUCUUCCAAGACUCUCCACCAGCGAAGACCCCUCUGGUUCAUCUGAUGAGGAUCUUGUUGACAUUUCAGAAGACUUUGGGAACGAGAGGCCCCACGGGAAUCUUGAGCUUGCAGAAACACCGAAAGCCAGCGAGACGACAAGUGAAUUUGACGACUCAGAGCUUGAUGAAGCUCUCCAGAACCUAGACAUCGAUAGCGACGGUAGAUUGCAAGAUGCCACGAGAAUGAAUGCCACGACCGAAGCCCCCACACCUCCAGAAGCUCCGGGUGCUUUGGCCCAGAGCAGUGUUGCGCCUGAAGCGACACAGGCCCUCCUGGAACCAAAGAGCGAGGACGACUCACCCGAGGAUACCGCUUCCUCUUCCUCCGCCUCUGAUGAGCAAGACCUCCUUGACUUACUCAACGACCCCGAAGUCAUCGAGUACCUCCACACUCCAGCACAGCUCCCACUCCCUCCAUCUGCGCCAGCCGAACCAUCACUCCACACGCCAGAGUUCGACCGCGCAACAUCCUGGGCGCAUUCCUAUCUCGCUUCUACAAUCCCGUCUCCCUCCUCCCGCGUGCCCUCCCAUAUCCGAGCCACGAUCCCACACUUGCGUGCGUACAACAUGUGGCGUCAUCAGAGACUCUCUGUGGACGAAAUCGCUCGGCAUUUGCGUGAUCCGCCGCUCCCGGGCAGCACAGUGGGGAGCUAUGUCCUGCAGGCGAUCACGCUUGAGAGAAUGGAGUACGAUAAAGGAGAAGUAAGGGAGGUGUUGAUGGCUAUGCCUGAGGCCUUGAGGAAGGGGAAGUGGAGAGGGUUAGCGGAGAAGGUGGAUGCUCGGUGAGAGUUGGACGUGUAAGCUUUAGUACAGAUGCGGUAUGUAAUUACUACACUAGAUUAAGACAGUCUCCCCUAUGAGGAUUGAAAUUGAAUUCGUAGCCCGGUUCCGAAA